AUGGCUGAAACGGAUGCAGCAAAGACCCAAGCCAAGGGUGCCAAUGGCGCCACAGCCACGAUCGAGCGGGCAACGAGUGACGAUGUACCUGCCAUUAAAGCCAUGGUCCAAAGUGCAUACACCAAGUACAUCGAACGCAUAGGCAAGGAGCCGGCACCUAUGACGACAGAUUACAGCAAAUUACUGAACACCCACGACAUCUUCGUGCUCCGGCCUGACGGGUCGUCCACAGCCCAGGGCUCCAUUGUCCUGCUCGCAAGGCCGGACUCUGAUGCGGUGGAUAUCAACAACCUGGUCGUGGACGUUGCAUCCCAGGGCAAAGGCUACGGGAGGCUGCUGAUGAACUACGCCGAGGACUUCGCCCGUGCUAAAGGCCGGGUUGCGCUGGAGCUCUAUACGAAUGUGAAGAUGUGGGAGAACAUUGGCCUGUAUGCGAAAAUGGGAUUUGAUGAAGUUGACCGGAGGGUUGAAGACGGAUACGAGCGUGUGUAUUUUCGAAAACCGCUGAACUGA